GUCAGGUUACAUGUGUCACGUGAUCACAUACCUCUUCCCCUUUAGAAACUCCGUGUUGCGUGAUCAUGAUCAGUGUGGGUGGGCUCAACCAGGAAGUGAGUCCCUGUAUACCCCGUGUGCUCAUCCAUGUUGCCGUAUCUGUAAAGAAAUGGCCACCGCUAAGAAGUUAACAGACAACCACCUGACCUGUGUUUUAUCCGCAGAGAUGUUCAAUGAUCCAUCCUACCACAUACAUUCUGUAAGGCCUCUGAGGAGCAAUUCAAACCAAGUCCGUCCCAUGUCCCCCCUGUGGACAACUGACGAAGGUUACCAUCCCUGACAGUCCAGUAGAGGAGUGGAUGAGCCAGCUGAAACCACGCCGAGUAAUACAGGGGUGAUGGACAUUUUAGAGGCAUCGCCAGAUCUUGAGGCUUGUAGCGUGUGCAAAGAAGAUGGGGAGACAACUCCAGGAACAAUGUACUGCACCAUUUGUGAUGAUGUCUUCUGUGAUGGAUGUCUCAAGAUGCACAAGAAGAUGCCCCUGUUACGUGAUCAUGAAGUGAUCGAUGUACGUACCCAUAGUAACAGGAAACCAAAGGCAUCAAGCUUUAUGUGCCGAAUUCACAAAGACGAAAAAGUAAAACUGUUUUGUAAAGAUUGCAGGAUGGCAAUUUGUACUGUAUGCUGCAGUAUCAAACAUAGGAAGUGUGAUGAUGUUGAAACCAUAGAUGUCAUGACGCCUCUUGUAAAGGAAACUCUGAUCAAUGAAACUAGGACGCAAAAGAAUAAAAUUAAAUCUUACAAUGAUGUAAUUUCAUCAACAAACUCUGAAAUUGAAAAGCUAUCGAAGAACGCACAAGUGAUGAAAGACCAAGUUCAGAAAGUAUGCAUGGCUGCUACAGAUGUUCUUCUGAGAAAAGAAAAGGAAUUGCUGGAGCGCAUCGACAAACUAACAGAAAAACGUGUAGAAGAACUGAAAGCCUUCAGAAAGUCCCAGGAGAUCGACCUCCAGCUGCAUCAUCAGCGGCAUGAGUUCACAAACAAAGCCGUAAAGGGAAACUGUGUAGAAGACAUGUAUGGUAUGUAUGGGUCUGUGGAUGUAUCCAGAAUUGAAGACACAAGUGAGGACAAGACACCAAUAACUUCCAGUAUUAUCUUCACACAUGACACAGACAAGCUCUUGAGAUAUGUAGCUGAGGUGCAGCUGGGGGAGGUCAGGGUUGUUCAGGGCCUGAGUGACCGGACGUCUUCUCCUGUUCUCCUGCAAACACUAGACUGUAGCAGACAGGGAUACACGGACUGUGACUUGAGUGACGUUUCAGUAAUGACUGUUGAUGGUAUCAAGGUAACUGUGGUGUUAGAUUAUGAUAGACUUAGUGUAUUUUAUACUUCAAACAAACUAUCCUUUAAAAAAUGUCUCCAGCUACCUUCUGCUCUAAUUCAAAUAGCUAAGCUGGAUGGAGCUCAGGCAGCUGUUACUCUGCCAGACACACGACAAAUAGCUUUCAUCAAGUUUGACCCAGAACCUACAUUACUGUCAACUGUGAAAACAAAGACGGAAUAUUAUGGGUUAGCCUGCCUGAACUCUUCACAACUUCUGGCAGGUUGUAUUGAGAGUCGUGCCUCUGUUGACAUACUGGAUAGGAAAGGGAAUGUUCUGAAAUCCAUCAAAACAGGUGUUAUAAUGAACCCAUUAAAUAUUCAUGUCAUGAGGAAUAACAAUGUGGUAGUAAGUGAAGGAGAAGUAAAGUCAUUGGUAUCUGUGACAAGGGAUGGCAAAACUGUUUUCACAUACACUCCCACAGGAAUAAGAGCUCUGACAUGGCCUCGAGGUAUCACAACACCCAAGAAAGGAGACAUCCUGCUUGUAGACAAUGGCUCCAACAAGGUGAUUCAGCUGACAGAGUCGGGAAAGUUUGUCAGAGAUAUUCUCACAGCACGGGAUGAUCUAUUUUGUCCUGGUGGCAUCUGUCUGGAUGAUGACGGCUUGCUGUAUGUAAGCUGCUCUGAAUCCGUGAAAGUAUUUACCUUUGAAUAAAGUAUAAAUAUAUAUAGCCAGUCAGUGAGUAGGUAUAGCCGGUUAAUUGCCCAAUACAAUGGCUUUAUAUCGUUUAUAAAUUUGGCAAUAUAAUAUUAACAUCCACUCUAGAUCUUCCUCCACGAUGUUCGGGCAUGAAGUUGUAGUACCACUAACAGCAUAAAGUCUCUUUUAAUUACAGGAUCCAAAUUACAAUCACAAAUGGUGAAACUGUUAUUUAUGCUUGAAGCUAUGUUAAAUUAACUAUAAACAUUGGUCUGAAUACAAUCCUGGAAUCAGUAAAUCAUAUAUUGAACUUUAAGUACUGUUUAUCUCUAAUUGUGUUACAUUUUUAUAAUUAAACGUCGUGAUGAUGUAAAAGUAUUGUUGCGGGAAAUUGUUGUAACCUCAGUCUUUUAAAUAAAUAUU